AUGAGAAGCAGGAACAGGGUCAGCGUAGCGGGCAGGACGCACAGCGGGAGGAGGGACCCGAUGCGCGAUAAGGCUGAGGAGGCAGCAGGAGUAGGCGCCCUCCUGAGCGCGUCCUCCAGGCUUUGUAUCCCGGAGGAGUCCCCGAUGUCCUUUUGUACCUCCUUCUUCCCAGCCUUGAGCCCUGAGCACACUCUCUGCAACGGCCUCUUUUCUCAACAGGUCUCUCCCAAAACAUCUUUUGGAGGCUACUGGACUGUCCCCUCCCCAAGUGUGGGCACAGGAAAUCUAACCCCCAAACUACUGUCCUCCUACUCGGCAACUGGGACUGUGGACCACACACCAAACGCCAAGGGCAUCGCCUUGGCUAUGCACCAACAGCAGCCUGCUGCUCCACCACCUUCCUGCUCCGUGUCCUUCAGAUCGAAACCAUGUGAUAUGCAGGCAGCCAUGAAUGUCUUCCUAACUCACGGUGGCCUGGAGUGUACUGUGCUGAUUGCACUGUCUCAGUUCCGUCUACUGAAAAUGCUCCUGCGGGGUCUGAGCACGACUUGA